AUCGUCCAAGACAACAACAACAACAACAGGAUAAUCGGACGCGAAAAUAAUAUAUUAUAUAUAUGUGGCAAUUAAAACAAUAGACAUGCCAUUACCCUCGUAUCCGCCACUCCUACAUUUCCGUUCACUCCGCCGUCGUAUCCGCCACUCUAACACUUCCCUUCUUUCUAUCGCCCGGCACUUCAUGGCCGCCGCCGAGCCCAUAAGCCCAUCAAACACGCGAGUGGGCUGGAUCGGCACCGGAGUGAUGGGCCAAUCCAUGUGCGCCCACCUCAUACGAGCCGGUUACAGCCUCACCGUCUUCAACCGUACCCCCUCAAAGGCCCAACCUCUCAUCGACAUCGGAGCCCACCUGGCCCAAUCCCCUCACGCUGUCGCCUCCCGCUCCGACGUCGUAUUCUCCAUCGUCGGCUACCCCUCCGACGUUCGCUCCGUCCUCCUCGACUCCAGCUCCGGCGCCCUCGCGGGACUUCGCUCCGGCGGAAUUCUCGUUGACAUGACCACAUCGGAACCCUCCCUCGCCGUCGAAAUCUCCUCCGCCGCAGCGUCCAAAAGCUGCCACUCCAUCGACGCACCAGUAUCCGGCGGCGAUCGCGGCGCAAAGAACGGAACCCUAGCAAUCUUCGCCGGAGGAGACGAUUCAGUAGUUGCGAGGCUGGAGCCAUUGUUUAGUUUGAUGGGGAAGGUGAACUACAUGGGUGGGAGUGGGAAAGGGCAAUUCGCGAAGCUUGCGAAUCAGAUAACGAUAGCUUCGACGAUGGUGGGGUUGGUGGAGGGUAUGGUGUAUGCUCACAAGGCUGGUCUUGACGUGGGUUUGUACCUCGACGCUAUAUCUACGGGUGCAGCGGGUUCAAAGUCGCUUGAUUUGUACGGGAAGAGAAUCCUGAUGAGGGAUUUGGAUCCAGGGUUUUAUGUGAACCAUUUUGUUAAGGAUUUGGGGAUUUGUUUGAAGGAGUGUCAGAACAUGGGUAUUGCUUUGCCUGGUUUGGCUCUCGCUCAACAACUUUAUGUUUCUCUUAAGGCUCAUGGUGAAGGUAAUUUGGGCACUCAAGCACUUGUUUUGGUUCUUGAGCGACUCAACAAUGUUUCUCUUGCACCCUGAAAACAACAUCCUUUCUGUUCUGUGCUGCUCUCUGUAUCAAGUAAUAAAAUAUUUGGUUGUUGAGUUUGAUUUCUUGUGCAUGGUAUGGUGGACUGCUUCAUUGUAACUUUUUACUCAUGUAUUGUAUUUCUGUUUAUAUGAUAUCACUUUUGCUAGUUUUUAUUAUCAAGCAUUAGCUUUCUACUAGGUGCUAUGCUCUCAAAAGAUGGGACUUGUGUUUCUUUCCCAACACAAUGAGUCCACCUGCAAUGUGAAGUUUUUUAUAUUAUGGCUGAUGUAAUUCAGACACCUAAUGUCGUGAAUUGAGAAUUUAGGCCAUUGAGAAUAUUUCCUACCG